UUCGCACUCUUUUUUUCCCUUCUACUCAAGCUGAAGUGGUGGGCUUUCCAAGAAUGUUCGCUGCCAAAAAAAGUCCCUGUGAUUCCACCUGCAAGUCAACACAACAGUGGCUGCAGCUCAGCGACUUGGCUGUAGCGUUGACGGCGUCCCCGAGUACCCCAUCCAGCAAUGCGGCAAACUUGGCUGUCAAUUCCGCAGAGUUGUACAGCUCGAGCAAUUUGUAAAUAAAGCAAAACAUUGUCGUUCUCCCCCGCCCCCCCCGCUUUCAUUCCGUCCAUGGGGAGAUGUGUACCAGUAUUGCUCACUGCUGGCGCAGAGACAAGCGAAAAGAUGGGCCCUGGAACGCUUGUUGCAAACGAUCUGAAAGCAGGACAACGCUUUGGUUGUAAAUAAAGCGGAGCCCAUAUUUGCAAACAAAAUGGUGCAAUGAAACACUGCCAAUGUUACUAUUUAUGUCAAAAAAAACGAGACCACACCCUAUUUUUUUAUUACAUCCACAGUGCUGAAACUCGGAAUGUAUUUAUUAAUGAUUAUGAAUUAGGAAUGAUUAUAUCUGGGGGUGGGCAAAAUGUAAUUGCCCCUUUUACAAAAAUGACUCUCUCUCUCUCUCUGUGCUCCUCGAAUGAACAUAACAAGAUGUCUCCAGGCCACGGUAUUCUCAGGGGCUUCUCUUGUACGAGAUCGACACGGAUUCGGUAGCCCGGACUGCUUUCUUUUUGUGUUGGCCUCGAGAGGCUGGCUUUGGCUGAGCAUGUUUUUGUCUGAAGAGAGAAGGGGCUAAUCCAAAGACUGAUAGACGUUGCAACGAUGUAUGUUAACAGUUGGACAUUGUAAUAGUGAGGAUUCUAAGAGAUGAAGUUUUACAAGGUCAUGGGAUAAAGAGAGAGGAGUGAAGCUAUCAUGGAUGAUGAAGAAGGAAGGUGUCUGCUGGAUGUUAUUUGUGACCCUCAAGCUCUGAAUGACUUUCUCCAUGGAAGUGACCAGUUGGCACCAGCUGGAGAAGGAAUCAGCCACGGGGUGCCCUCAUCUGCCAGCAGUGUUGACAUCUCCUUCUUGGGCGAAGACCUGCUGGGAUCCCCAGCCAGCUACGGUACUGAGCAGCCCUGUGAUAUCCUGCAGCAGAGCUUGCAAGAGGCUAAUAUCACUCCGCAGACUCUGCAAGGAGGAGACGACUUGGCAGCCGGGGGGGUCCAUGUACAGGCCAGCCCCAAGCCACAACCUGCCAGCCUACCCACCCAGGACAGCCCCCAGGCGCUAGACACUGAUCUCAGCAGCUUAGCCCCUGCCGUGAUUGCCCAGCAGUCUCUGCUUCAACAUCCAGUGACUGCUCAGUUUGUCAAUAAAACCGUCAACGUGCAACACUUGGUCCAUCAAGUCAGACUGAGCAGUGUCGCCGUGCAGCCGAUAGCAGGCAUUCAGACCAUGUCCAAUGGCACCACCAAAGUUGGACGCACACAGACGGUCGACUGGCAAUGUGGUCAGACUACCAUGCUGCCCGACGAUCAGCCGUCUCGGACAGGGCUGUUGGCAAAGCCUGGCCUCACAUCCCCGAUGGCUGCUCCUCUCUCCGAACAUCCAGUCACCACGACUUUGGGCAUCUCUGCCCCAUUUCAAAAGAAUAUCACCAGCAAUUGUCUGAAUGGAGAAUCCCUUUUUGCCCACAUGGGUUCUGCCCAGGCUGCUGUUGGGCACACCACAGGGAACCAGCUGGUGCAGGUACCAGUGCUGACGCGCGUCAUUCAGAGGAGCUCAACGCCAAUCCAGCCAAAGCACCUCGUGAAUAUACAACCUAAACUGGUCCAGUUAAGCCCAAAGUCUUCAUUUCCUCCAACCUCUCCACAUGUCCAGACUGCCUCAAAGACUUCAAUAGAAGCUGCACAGCAGCAGCAGAAAGCUUGGCAGAACUUGGCAGUGACUGCCCGAACCUCAGGCCCUGGUGUCCUACUCUCCACUCAGGCCCCUGCAGUCUCCCAGACAAUAGCCACCAAUCGGGUAAAGCAACCAUCCCAGCAAGGUCAACCCAAGUCAAGCAAGCCAGUCAGUGUUCGGGUUCUCCAGCAGGGCACUGGUGUGGUACUGCAGUCCCAGUCAUUACCUCGGGCACUGCUGACUGGUCAAGGCCAGUCCACCUUGCCUGGGCACUUGGCCACCAGAGUCUCAGCAAGCACUGGUCCCCAGCGGCUUUCAGCAAUUCAACCUGGACCUGUUUUGACCACCCAGAGUGGGUCUGUGCUAGCCAUCCACAGACAGCCAGCUACGGGUCGCAUUGUGGGACGUGUGCAGGCAUCUCCGGGACAAAUAGUUUGCAGCCAGUCAAUGCCUGCUCACGUCUUGAUGACCCAGAAUGUGGUGGGACAGUCGAUUACCAGCCACUGUGACAUUGGCCAGGUGUACACAGCAUCAAACUCACAGUUGACGGUCAAUGAAGGAGCAGCACAGAGACUAUCUAUAUCCGUGCAACCACAGCCCAGUCAACCAACUCUGUCUACAAGCUUCCUGGUGCCGAGUCAGCUGGAAGCUAGCUUUGGUUCGCAAUUAGAUUUGUCUGGUCAAACACCAGAAGGGCAGCUGGAUCCAACUGUGCCUCUGCCAAAUCAGCUACCAGUGCUCAGUGAGACUGAACUUCUUGGACCAGCCUUGAGUAUUCAGCAGUCAAGCACCAGUGACCCUGAUAGCAACAUUGUGAAGGUUCCAUUUGCCCCUCAGUCUCCGUUCACAUCAGCUGUUGAGCUUCAGCAGAUUCCUGCUCUGGCCCAGUGUCGCCAACAAACGCACCAGUCUCAGUCCCAACCAGCAGAGCAUCAUCACUCUGGACUGCUGUCAGCUCUAGCAUCAAAACCCAACAGCAUCUCAGCCAAAACUACCGACAAACCUAAUAACGAGGGAGCCACAGGAGCAGCACUCAACGCUGACCAGCUUUUGCUUUUCCAACAGAAAGAGCAAAAACAGCAGCUCCUUUACCAGCAAGCCUUGAAGCUCCAACAGGAGAAAGGCCUCUCACUGACCUCUGGCAAUGGCUUGGCUGUACCACUCUCUGCCAGCAGUGUCCCACCAUCUGGAAGUAGACCUGGAGUACAAACAAACACUGUCCUCAUACCAGCCAACACUUUUCUGGUGGAGCCCAAAAACCAAACAGUCUUACCUCAGAGUCAACCCAGCCAAUUCCUGCCAGCCUUGCCAGGCCAGACAACAUCCAGUAUGAUCAGCAACCUCACAGGCCUGAAUGUCACCCUAAGUAAGGGUUCAAUCCAAAUCCAAAUGAUUGGGAAAGGAAUUGCUCACAUCACAUCAACAGCAAAUCAGCAUCUCCACUCAGCAUUGUUUGAAGGAUCAGUUGGGAAGUUGAAGAAAACAGCAGCAGCCACUCUGACACGAGGAGAUCUAUUACUUGAAAAAUUCUACAAGGACCAGACCUCUGUCCUUCAGCCUGAUUGCAACACUCCUUUUAAUUCCUUUGAGGACACAGUAUUCAGACUGCUGCCCUAUCAUGUAUGUAAAGGGACACUACCAACUAAUGUGGACUUUAACAAAGUGGAUGAAGAGUUUGAGGUCAUAUCAACGCAACUCCUCAAACGAACGCAGGUCAUGCUGAACAAAUACCGUCUGUUGCUCUUUGAAGAAUCUAGGAGGACACACCCCUCAUCUGAGAUGGUGAUGAUCGAUCGAAUGUUUAUUCAAGAGGAGAAGGUGGCCUUCUUGGAAGCUAAACGAUUGGCCAAAAUCAAUCCUGAUGCAUAUGUCACAUCGGUUUUCAAACCAAGGAUUGCCAACACUCUGCCCAUCUCUUGUGGCCCAAUUCUAGGCUCUGACCAGGAGGUUCAGUGUUCACCACAGGCCCAACUGAAGACAUAUGUUGCCAGCAGCCGAGGAGGCCUCAAGCUGAAGAUAAGGCAGGAGGUUGUCCACAACUCGGAGUUGGAGCAGCUCUGGCCUGCAGGCACCCAGGCAAGACCAGCUCCUACAGGCCCCUUUUCCCUCACAGCUAAUACCCUGAGGCAAACCGAUGGCGAGCCAGGCUGCAGAUUCCCUGCUCCAGCUGAGAAAUGGCAGCUUGGGCCUGGAGAGACACAGGAAUCUGGGGGCUGUCUUACAGACCUCAGGAAAUCCCGGAGGAACCUCCCCUGUGACAGCACCCCUGGUUUGGGGCCUGACCAAAGUAAAACAUCACCACUCAGCACUAAGCUUCACAGAUCACUGGAACACAACGUGAACCAACAAGCCAUCACCAUCGAGCCUAGCCCUGGGCACCGUCCAGCUCAGGCUUCGUCUUCACACGACUCCCAUGUCCAGAAUAGGCUUCAUCUCCAUGUGGACAGGCAGGGACCAGGGAGGACAGGUGUUGACAUCAAUGACCAUGUAAAAGCUGGCUUUGUGGGUGACCUCCCCCUCCCACAGCCCAAACGUCGCAAGUGUGACUCAGUGGACAAUGCCAACAGCACGGGUCACAGCCCCCAGGACAGUGCGCUGAGCGCCCACCUGCAAAGUGCCAUCAACAGCCUCCUGGACCUGCAGAGGCACCAGAGCUCAGAACCCAGAACUCCAACACCCCAGAAAGAUGAUUGCAACCUUCCUCCCUACUCACUUCCAGCUUCCUCAGCAGAUUUCCUGCAGUCAGACCCUGAUAGUGGCCUUGCUGAAGUGACAACCUCCACUUUGGAAGAGGCAGUAAACAGUAUUCUUGGUGACUGAGGAAAGAUUGUAAAAUGGGAGUUAUAAACUGGAAUUGGAAUGCCAUUUAAAAUUGAAAAUGGCACACGAUGUUGUGUGCCUUAAAUACAGAAGGUUACAGUCGCAGUUACUUGGACAGUGCCUAAAUAGAUUAUUGUAAAAACCAGUUACAUAACAAGAGUCAUAACAUCUAGUAAUUUCUAGAAGGUGGCUGGUACUACACAACUGGUGUUGUAUAGUUGAGUUAUUUAUUAAUAGUGAAGACUUGCAGACUUAGCAGAUGGUUACACUCCUCAAAUGAUGCUCCGUUAAAUGUUUUGGAAAGAGAGGACUAGGUUAGGUGCCAGAACCUUUUCUUUAUUAAGUCACUGGCUGGCUCCUCACAAUUGUCUUGCAAUAUUGACCUCUGGUCAUUGUAGUCCAAGCUCAUUCCUUGGACUCCAAUAAUUUAGGUAGGCACCAUUGUGCACCUUUUUUUUGUACUACUGUACUGAGUAUUUUCUUCCACUGUUGAAGGAUAGUAGUCAGCCUUGGUUUUUUUCAGAGCUUUCAAACAAAUCGAGAUUUUUCACAAACUGGUAGGACCUGUUUCUGUGCUGGGUAUAUGCACAAUACUGAUGAAGUUGUGUUUGAAUCAUUUGAAAUGUGUUCCCAGAGCUUGUGUGAACAGAUGGUGUCUAUUUUGUAAGAACUGAGUGUACAAUUAUCAGGAAUUGGCCAUUGAUAAAGGCUAAAAAUCCUCUUCAUAUGAAUUGUUGCAAAAACACAACUUAAUUUUAGGAUAUAUAUUUCUUUUGUUGAGUUUGUUCCACUGAUUGUUUUUAAUUUCAGAGAUUUUUUUUAUUUUUUAAAAAAUUGUCUUGCACUUAUUCAGGGACAGGUGAUUUUAGUUUAGUAAUUAGGUACUAUCACCUUGCAAUAAAACAGUAUUUGCCUCUGUACAGUUUUAUGAAAUUCACCUCAGAUUUUAAGGUUCUCAAUCUUUUAUCCAAAUUGCCACACAGAGACCUCUCUCUUCACUUUUAUCUCAAAAGAGUCCUUAACACACAGUAUUUGUCAACUUAACAAAGCUAUCAUGUAUUGGCACUUUUCAAGCACAAUUUGGGAAGGAAGGCACUUUGACCUUACUCAAAAAGAAGUCAAACUCUGAAUGUUAAUCCAUUUUUACAAUUGUCACUAAAUAUUUUGAGCUGAAGAAGAUCCCAUACUGCAAAAGUAAAACUCACGCGGGACAGACUGAUUUCUUGAUGUAAGUAUGUUUCAAAGUAAAAAUGGAUUAUUAAACAUUAUAAUUUUGAUCAAAUAAUCAAUGAAAGUGUAGAUCCAAGUUACUUGGUGCCUAAUGUUUUUUGCAUUAUUUGUUUUUUUCAUUGACAGUUUAAUGUAACAGUUUAAUGGAAACAAUUACAAAAUGUGUGUAGAUUUUGUUAAAAAGAGUUCUAUUAAUACUUUCAGGACCCCACAUCCUUCACUCCAUUAGAUCAAAGAGAAAAAGCAGCUGUGAUUUAAGAAAUGUCAAUUAAUUCUAUGCUGUUACUCACUCUUUCACACCAGACAAAUGUUGUUUGACCCACACUUGUGAAAAGUGGGAAAGUGGGUGUUGAUCUUCUGGUUGUUAAUAUUGGCAGUGUCUCUAUCCCUGCCAUUGAGUGACCAAAGUGCCUACCUGUUCAAGUAUUUGGCUGCUGUUUAUAUGGAGCAAUUGGUGUCUUCAGUCAGAGCUGGCCAAGGAACCAGGGCUGUGCAGAUCCCCCCCAGCCCAUGGAUGUUAGAUGAGAGAAACCCUGGUGAAGGCAAAUGUGGAUUUGUGUCAGAGGGCCUUGGGAAAGGCCUGCUGACAAAAUCUGCACCUCUGCCUCUCUGGGGAUCACUGUCUGUGAUCACAGCACGUCUGCCACCAAUCCCAACCCCCCUCAUUCAAAGCUCUGCAGUCACCCCACCCCUUCUCCCUUGAACUCUGUUUUGAGGAAAGUUGAUGAUUAUAUUACAAGUGUUUAUGGACAAGUAAUUGUUUCAGGCUGAGAUUUAAUGUGAAUGUGAGAAAAUCUGGUUUAGUCGACGAGAAGUUAGGGUAUGGAGUACACUACCUAGAAAUGUGAUGGAGGCAGGUUCAGUUGAGGUUUUCAAGAGAGCAAUGGACAGAAAUGUUUUUCAGGAAUAUGUGGAAAAGACAGGAAAUUAGCACUAAGUGAUAGAACCAGUUCAGCUGAAUGGAUGUUUUCUGCACCCUAACAGUUCUACAGUUGUGGAGGAACCUUUUUUUUAUUGUUAGUGAGGCAGUUUGGUUUAUUCGUGUGACGCAUACCUCCCAUGUUCUUGUAGCAAUUUCCCUGGUGCUUUGUGCUAAACCGAUUAGUACAGACUUUCUCAUCUUUUACUCAAACAGUAGACUGAAUUGUAGGAAACCUCAACCUCACCUUAAAUAGUAUUGUUUAGAAAUCUGACAAAUUCAGUUUCUUUUGUUGAAGAGAUUGAGUGUCCUGUAUUUCAGUUGUCUGUUUCUCAGGUUGUUAUACUCGUACAUUAUGGCUGAGGAAGGGAUUUCUGACUCUAAGUCUGACUGUGGUAAUCUUGUAAACCUGCAGAUAAAGGAGCAGUUGCUUAUUUCCAAAUAUCUGGCAGACUCUUCUCAAUUGCAAAAUAAAGACCAUAGUCCUCUCAGAACUACAGGGUAUUCUGAAGCACUUUUCACAGUUGAUUAAGUACUUUUUGAUGUGUGGUCACUGUUGCAGUCUAGGAAAAACAGCAACCAAAUAGCCCCCAGUAAACUCCCUACAAUUCACCAAAUGACCAGAUGAAUCUGCUUUGGUGAUAUUGAUAGAGGAAGAUGCAGGCCAGGAAAUCACUCCUGCUUUCUGAAUCAUGUUAUGAGAUCUUUGAUACUCACCUAAGAAGGAAGAUAAGGCCUGGGGCUAAUGUCCCAUCUGAGAGAUGGCACCUCCACCAGUACAACAGCACCCCCUCUGUCUUUAAUGUACAGUCGAGUCUCAGGAAUGAGGCUUGAUCCAUAAAACUCUGCCUCAAAGACAAGAGGUACAGCUGCUAAUCCAUGGCUGCCAUUUCUCAGGAGCACCCAUUUGAGCUCCUUGGUGAACCUAAUCUAUAUUGUGUUCCACGUAGAAGGGAGGACUGCAAGCAUAAAGUUAAUAUUUUUAAAGCCCUCCAUUUCAUAUUUCUUUAAUAAAAAAUCAGUUGGUUUCCAAAAAAACACUCAAGUCUGUUCAGGACAAAAUAAAACCCUGGCAGGUCAGUUUUACAGGUACAUUCUGAUUGUACCUUCAGUUGUGUUCUUGAGACAAUUCUUGUGUUGCUUGAGUGUGACAGUGUUGUGACAGAGCCUUGUCCCAGGGUCAGUGCACAUGCUCAGUUAAAACACUGUCUGAGUGGUGUUGGUAAUGGGAUGGGACCUCAUCCUGACUUGGUGUAGCAGUUUCAGUCCUGUCUGAAUUCAGGAAUAAGGCUUUUGAGGGAGUGAUAGACUUCGAGGAAGGUCAGUGACCCAGCUCUCAUUUCAGACUCAGCCACUGUACGUUUAGCUUGCUGUUUCCAUUGACCUUUUUAACUUUUUCAUUCCCAUCAUCAAACUGUAGAAUUCGACAAAACAUUUGUUGUAAAAUCGUACUACACAGAGAGAGACCAUUCAGUUUACAAUGCCCGUGCUGGUCCUUUUAUCAAUCCCGUUAGUACCACCUCCCUGCACUUUGCGGUAACCAGUAUUUCUUGUUUUCAUUUUCAAGGAGAUGAUCGAAUUCCUCAUUGCAUCACCCUUCCAGAGAGUACAGCCAGAUCACACCUUUCAGUGUAAACACUAAAACCUUUCCUUACAAAAGGCAUAGACUAAUUAGGGCUCUGAAGGAGGCAUUAUGGUCUGUCGAAUUCAUAUUGACUCUGUGUUCAGCAAUUCAGUCCUAUUUCCCUGUCCAUUAGCUUCUUCAGGCUGUUUCCCCUUAUUUGCAGUUUUUAAUUGAAAUACCAAAGGUUGUCAUGGUUUGUCUCUUGUGCUUGUAAUGCACACUCUGAGCAUGUUCUCAACGCUGGUUCAAAACACUGUUUAUCACAUAAUGUGAAUCUGAUUGUUUGUGUGUGAGUGCAUUAUUUACAGUAACUGUCCAGCAGAAAACCAAGACUCUAACUUGGAUUUGCACACAGGUGGAGUGAUGUCACAAAGAUAUAACUUACAUUUAACGUCUCUCCCAAGCUGGACUCUGCAGUGAUUCACCUCUUCGGGGUGUGCUUGUACCCUGGCUGCUGGUAUCUCCAGUUGUAUCAUUGCAUUCCAGUGUUUCAGUGUUGAGUCACAGACAUGUAAACUGGUUAAUCGUCAGGUAGAAUUUGUGUGUUUGGUGCUUCAUAUCCCCAUUGCAUACUGAACCAUAAAACUACAUUGGUUAUGUAUAUAAAAUUGACGAAUGCAUUUUUUACUUUGUACAGCAAGGCAAGUCUUUUCAGCCAGUUUAGAGGCCUUACUUGGAACACGUGGGAUUUUCGAUAUUGGGUGAACAGAUCCUUCAUUGUUUCGUAGGCUAUAUAUUAUUAAAUCUCUUACCUAAAGCAAAUAAACAUUUUGUACA